AUGAUACCCUCAAAACCUCUGCCAUACCCCGACUGCUGGGGUAGCGCAGAUGACUAUGUUUCCCAUCUACUGGAAUUUGCGACCACUUCAGAAAUAUUUCAGACACUUUGCGGUGGAGUGCAUAUCCUAGAUUUCUUCACCAAUGAACCUGGGCUUUUUCAACAAGUCGUACCACAGGACUGGCAAGAGUAUCUUCUGCGGAUAGAUACCAUGCGACUUCUGGAUAUUCUCAUGAGAGAUGACCUGGGCUCACUUUCAGACGCCGAAAGACCACCAGAGGGGCUGCUGCAGUAUGUGAAGGAUAUUCGGAGGUUUAGCUUAGGCAGAAAUUUCGCUGCAGGCGAGGAAAAACCACCGCAGCUGACGAGGUUUGUCUCCGUGGGGAUGAAGCCCAAGAAGAUCCACGAAGUCAGUCAUUUCGCCAGAUAUGUGGAAAAAUUCUCCGAAGACGUGGAAGACCUUACUGGCGAGGGCAUCACACACUUUGUCGAUUUCGGUAGCGGCCAGAACUAUCUCGGGAGAGCACUGGCUAGUGACCCUUACAACAAGCACAUCGUUGCGGUAGAAGGGCGCGAGCACAAUAUUGCUGGUGCCAAAGAGCUCGAUAUGCUAGCUCGGUUCGCCGAAAAGGAGAAAGUCAUGCGGAACAAGAAGCUUUGGAACCAGAAAAUGAUCGGCAAAAAAGCUGAAGACGAAGUGGAUGAGAGAAUGCUGAAGAAAAUGACUCUUGCGGCCAAAGCAUCAGACAAAGUAGUAGACUUCCGCCCCACGCGUGAGCUUGAAGCCAUAUACAAACCAGAGGAUGGAAAGGGUAACAUUCGAUAUGUCUCAGGACGACUGGAAUCUGGAGAUUUGUCUGACGUGGUCACUCAGCUAGAGACUGCCCCGGAUAAAGCGAACGAUCUUCGUCUGAUGGCUAUAUCAAUCCAUUCGUGCGGCAACUUGUCACACCACGGUAUCCGAUCUCUUAUAAUGAAUCCAAGAGUGCGUGCAGUCGCAAUCGUUGGGUGCUGCUAUAACUUGAUGACCGAGAAGUUGGGCCCACCGACAUACAAGCACCCUUACAUGCGGCCCAGUCUUCAGGCACUCAAUGGCCGCGUGGAGCGAGAGUCCGCCAAAUUCGAUCCAGAGGGCUUCCCUAUGAGCGAACGACUGAGCACAUAUAAUGAUGACGGAGUUCGGUUCAACAUCACAGCUCGAAUGAUGGCGUGUCAGGCACCGCAAAACUGGGGCAAGGAAGACUCUGAUGGUUUCUUCACUCGACAUUUCUACCGCGCGGUUCUACAAAAGAUCUUCCUCGACAAAGGCGUCAUCCAGAAAAUUUAUCAUAAUGAGGGGGCUGAGGAGAGCAACUCUUCCAGCCCUUUUAACGUGGCUACCAACCCCGUGGUUUUAGGAUCGCUAUCAAAAAAGUGCUACUCUUCGCUUCGUUCUUAUAUCAGGGGGGCGGUGACAAAAUUAACCACACACUCGGAUUAUCAUGAGCAAUGCGAUGUCAUCAAGGAGAAGAUGGGCGACAUGACCGAUGAGGAGAUCGCCAAGUACGAGGUUCUCUACCUGCAUCGCAAGAGGGAACUAAGCGCUAUCUGGAGCCUGAUGGCCUUCAGUGCUGGUGUUGUGGAAUCUUUGAUAGCGACUGACCGAUGGCUAUAUCUCAAACAGCAUUCCGAUCUCGUCCAAGAUUGUUGGGUCGAGACUGUGUUUGACUUUCGGCAGAGUCCGCGAAAUCUAGUCGUUGUUGGGGUGAAGAGACGUGACCAAUGA